UGACAUAAUUGAUAAGAAAGAAUUAUUGAAAACUAUUAUAAUGGAUUUUGGUGAACAGAGUGAAGAUAAUUUCGAAGCUAUUUACAGUGAAAUAUAUGAGGAAUAUACAAAGGCAAAGAAUUAUUUUAGGUUUGAUAUAUGGAUAAAACAAAUUGGAAUUUACCAACAAAAAGUGUCAAAUGUAUUUAAAACCGUUUUAAUGCAUUUAAUAAGAGAAAGUUUGAUAUACAGUACAUUAAUGUUAAAUAAAAAAAAUGCAAAGAGUGGUUUAGAACGAAUGUAUUGUAUAGUUGCGAAUUAUGUUAAGUGUUUUGAUGGGCAAGAAGUUCAAGAUGUACAACAAAUAUUCAAGUCUUUUACCGAAUUACCGAUAUUCACUGAAAAUUUUAAUUUAUAUUUUAUUGUCAUUAUUUCAAAAAUCGAAAGCAUAAUUAACAAAAUAAAACCGAACUCUUUUAAUCUUAUUUUAAAUAAUUUAAUUAGUGAUCCAGGGUACAAAUCGAAUAUCAAUAUUAGAACUAAUGUAUAUAUUUCUGAUACUAUAUUAAGUGUUGAUGCUAUCAAUACNAACUAA